AUGGAGUCAUCUAGGAUUUUUAUCACAGGGCUUCCACCUGCAAUCACGGAAGAUGAUUUCAAGAAGCAUUUCAGUGCAAAGUCGGCAAUCACAGACGCGAAAUUGAUUGCACAUCGACGAAUUGGAUACGUAGGAUACAAGACACCAGAGGAUGCUCAGAAGGCUGUCAAGUAUUUCAACCGGUCGUUUAUUCGCAUGUCAAAGAUUGGCGUGGAACUUGCACGACCUAUCUCCGAUCAGACAUUACCAGUAUCGAGAAAGGCGCAACGAGAACAGGAACGGGAGCAUGCAGCCACACGACGAAAGGAGUACGAAUCUUUGAAAAAGUCAGAGCUCAACACUGCCUCCAAAAGAAAGCGCGACGAUGUCGAUGAAGCGGACCCGAAGUUGAAAGAGUUCUUGGAGGUUAUGCAGCCUGCCUCCAAAGCUAAGACGUGGGCUUCUCCGGUCGGAGAGGAAGACAUGGAACAACCGCCUACGAAGAUACAAGCCAUCGAGGCUCCUGAUGCUGAGAGCGAGGACGAUUAUGAGAUGGUGCCAAAACGCCAGAGGAAGAAUAGCCCCCCAGCACCUUCACCUACAAUACCUGUAGAGGUGAUAACGGAUGUUCCCGCUGUGCCAGCAACUAUCGAAGCGCCUUCACGAGAGGUACCUCUAACUGCCACGGAUGACGAUUGGCUUCGAAGUCGGACAAAUCGAUUAUUGGACUUAGUGGAUCCAGAUACCAUACAAGAAGCUCAGGGUGGAAACCAAGCGCAACCGCAAGUUGUGUCAGUGGUUGAGUUAGCAGAGAAAACGCCAGCCCCUGAAGUGGAGGCGUCCCCAGAACAAACAGUUGUUCCACUUGAAGAAGAACCCGAAAAGCCUGAUCCCGUACUGGAGGAAAUUGCGAAGAACGGCCGGCUUUUUGUUCGGAACUUACCUUAUACUGCCACGGAGGACGACCUUCGAAACCAUUUCGAGCCAUUCGGGCCUCUUGAAGAAAUACACCUGGCAGUCGAUGCUUCUGGGACGAGCAAAGGGUUCCUUUUGGUGCAGUACUCCAACCCUGAAUCUGCUGCCGAAGCAUUUCACCAGCUGGACGGCGAGCCUUUCCAAGGUAGACUCCUGCAUAUAUUGCCUGCUGCUAACAAGCGGGAGAACAAGCUUGAUGAGUUCGCCGUCGCAAAACUACCCCUAAAAAAGCAGAAGCAGAUCAAAAAGAAAGCGGAAGCAUCAUCGAUGACUUUUAACUGGAACUCAUUAUACAUGAACCAAGAUGCUGUGAAUACUGCGAUUGCUGCUCGAUUGGGAGUUUCAAAAUCCGAGCUUCUGGACCCAACAUCUGCAGACGCCGGUGUAAAGCAGGCUAUCGCAGAAACAUCGGUUAUCCAAGACACGAAGUCGUAUUUUGAAAGGAACGGUGUCGAUAUUAAUGCGUUUAAAAAGCGGGAGCGAGGUGAUACUUCAAUCCUCGUUAAGAAUUUUCCAUAUGGGAUGACGCUUGAAGAGUUGCGCAAGAUGUUCGAGGAGUUUGGGCAGGUACUUCGCGUUUUGAUGCCUCCGACUGGUACUAUUGCAAUUGUCGAGUUUGCUCAACCCACCCAUGCACGAGCGGCAUUUGGGAGCUUGGCAUAUCGCAGAAUGAAGGACUCUAUCUUGUAUCUAGAAAAAGGACCCAAGGACCUUUUCACCACUGCAGCUAGCACUGCCGCCCCUGCUAGCCUAGGUCAGCAAGAAGCCGAUUCUUCGGCCCACAAGGUCUCCGCUUCUGAUCUUCUAGAGAGGGAGAGUGCGAACGAUGGGCUAGAUACAACAACAUUGUUUGUUCGCAACUUGAACUUUACUACUACAAGUGCCCGGUUAACAGAGACGUUCAAGCCACUCGAUGGUUUCCUCUCGGCGCGGGUCAACACAAAGACAGAUCCCAAAAAGCCUGGCCAAGUCCUAAGCAUGGGCUUUGGUUUCCUAGAAUUCAGGACAAAGGACCAAGCCCAAGCGGCAUUGAAGGCAAUGGAUGGCUAUACUCUUGACGAUCACAAACUCUUGAUCAAGGCGUCGCAUAAAGGAGUUGACGCGGCAGAGGAGCGACGAAAGGAAGACAGAGCUAAGAAGAUCUCUGGUAAGCGCACAAAGAUUAUCAUCAAGAAUUUGCCAUUUGAAGCCUCGAAGAAGGAUAUCCGCACUUUAUUUGGAACGUAUGGUCAAUUGCGUUCUGUCCGUAUGCCCAAGAAAUUCGAUCACUCGGCUCGGGGGUUUGCGUUUGCCGACUUCAUAACGGCCCGCGAGGCAGAAAAUGCGCUUGAAGCGUUAAAAGAUACACAUCUGCUUGGUAGAAGACUCGUGCUGGAGUUUGCUGCGGAAGACUCUAUUGACGCCGAAGAAGAAAUUGAAAGAAUGCAAAAGAAGGUGGGAAGUCAGGUUAGCAAGGUCGCCAUGCGAAAGCUUACCGGCGGGGGCCGUAAAAGAUUCAAUAUCGAAGGCAAUGAUAACGAAGCCGAGGAUUGA